AUGUCCGCCAACGAUAAUUUAGAAGAUGUACUUUCGGGAAUAUUUGAUAAGACUGAAGGGGUAUCCAUGUUAGAAGGGCGUUCAAGCCGGUUGAAGUGUGCGAGCGUGGAGCGCGUGCGGCUGCGGCCGCGCGUGCGUGCGCCCGCCUCCAGCCUACUGCUGCGCGCCGUCGCCGACGCGCACAAGAGCUUGUUGAAUACGCCCAGUACAAACGCGGAUAAAGACUCGCAAGUGAGGUGCGCUCUUGUGCUGCCGAUGCGACGAUCAGUCGAACCUCAAAAGAAUACCAUCCAAGUAGCUGCUGACAACUCACAAGAGACUGGUGAUAGCAUUAGUCUUGGGGGAGAUAUGGACAGUGGUGAUGAUAAAAGUGAAAAUGUCAGCGGCGCAGCGCAAGCUGGUAUGGUGUCGUCUGUUCCCGGCGUGCCGCUAAGGCUCGGUCUGCGCCUUCGCGCACCCUCGCUGCCUGCAUGCGCCGCAACUGCAUGUACUGGCACUCGCCAUCUGCACCCGUGUUGA